CUUGGGACGACAGCAGCAACAAGAAGAAACCUGAGUUGUGAACAAAGGAUCCAACUGUCUGUCUGUGAUGGCGGAUUCAUCCAGACCUCAAGACUUCAGGACUGGACCAGAACCAUCAGACCCAAAAGGUCAGAACUACAGAUGGAGAACAGAGACUCCAGAACUGGACUGUGUGUCUAUGCAGAGUGACCGGUCCAUGCUAAAACCUCCAGAAUUCAGUGCUGGACCUGGACCUUCAGACUCACAAGGUCAGAACUACAGAUGGAGAACAGAGACUCCAGAACUGGACUGUCUGUCUAUGAAGAGUGACUGGUCCAAAGAGAAACCUCCAGACUUCAGUGAUGGACCUGGACCUUCAGACUCACGAGGUCAGAACCACAGAUGGAGAACAGAGACUCCAGAACUGGACUGUCUGUCUAUGAAGAGUGACUGGUCCAUGCGAAGACCUCCAGAAUUCAGUGAUGGGCCUGGACCUUCAGACUCACGAGGUCAGAACCACAGAUGGAGAACAGAGACUCCAGAACUGGACUGUCUGUCUAUGAAGAGUGACUGGUCCAUGCGAAGACCUCCAGAAUUCAGUGAUGGGCCUGGACCUUCAGACUCACGAGGUCAGAACCACAGAUGGAGAACAGAGACUCCAGAACUGGACUGUCUGUCUAUGAAGAGUGACUGGUCCAUGCGAAGACCUCCAGAAUUCAGUGAUGGGCCUGGACCUUCAGACUCACGAGGUCAGAACCACAGAUGGAGAACAGAGACUCCAGAACUGGACUGUCUGUCUAUGAAGAGUGACUGGUCCAUGCGAAGACCUCCAGAAUUCAGUGAUGGGCCUGGACCUUCAGACUCACGAGGUCAGAACCACAGAUGGAGAACAGAGACUCCAGAACUGGACUGUCUGUCUACGCAGAGUGACUGGUCCAUGCGAAGACCUCCAGAAUUCAGUGAUGGGCCUGGACCUUCAGACUCACGAGGUCAGAACCACAGAUGGAGAACAGAGACUCCAGAACUGGACUGUCUGUCUAUGAAGAGUGACCGGUCCAUGCGAAGACCUCCAGAAUUCAGUGCUGGACCUGGACCUUCAGACUCACGGAGGAAGAGGAGUGGUGUCUUUGAGGAAGAGCAGUUGUCCUGCUGUCCUUUGUGUCAGGACGUCCUGAAGGAUCCAGUCUCUAUCAGUUGUGGACACUGGUUCUGCAGACGCUGCAUCAGCUCAUACUGGGACCAGUCUGCUUCAUCAGGAGGCUCCUCCUGUCCCCAGUGUGGAAAAAGACCCAGAACCAGAACUGUAGAUGAUGGUCUGCAGGAAGUUUUAGAUGAACAUAAAAUCAGUCUGAGGAGGAGAUGUGAUCAUGUGACUGAAGGAGCUGAUGGAACAGGAAGUAGAACCCUCCUCAACAGGAUCUACACUGAGCUCUUCAUCACAGAGGGACAGAGUGAAGAGGUUAAUACCCAACAUGAGGUGAGGCAGCUGGAGACCGCUUCCAAGAUCAACACCCUCCAUGACACUCCAAUCAGGUGCCACGACAUCUUUAAAACCUUACCUGACCAACAUGGACCAAUCAGAGUGGUUCUGACCAACGGUGUCGCUGGUGUUGGAAAAACCUUCUCAGUGCAGAAGUUCACUCUGGACUGGGCAGAGGGCUUGGAGAACCAAGAUGUCAGUGUGGUGGUUCUGCUUUCAUUCAGGGAGCUGAACUUGAUCAGAGAUGAUCAGUACAGUCUUCUCCAGCUGCUCCAUGUUUUCCAUCCAACAUUACAGAAGAUCCCAGCAGAGCAGCUGGCUGUCUGGAAACUUCUCUUCAUCUUUGAUGGUCUGGAUGAAAGCAGACUUUCUCUGGACUUCAACAACACUGAGGUUGUUUCUGAUGUCUCACAGAAGUCUUCAGUCAACAUGCUGCUGACAAACCUCAUCAAAGGGAAUCUGCUGCCCUCGGCUCUCAUCUGGAUCACUUCCAGACCUGCAGCAGCCAAUCAGAUCCCUCCUACAUGUGUUGACAGGGUAACAGAAGUACGAGGCUUCACUGAUGUCCAGAAGGAGGAGUACUUCAGGAGGAGAUUCAGUGAUGAAGAGAUGUCCAGCAGAAUCAUCUCCCACAUGAAGACAUCCAGGAGCCUCCACAUCAUGUGUGGAAUCCCAGUCUUCUGCUGGAUCACUGCUACAGUUCUGGAGCACAUGUUGACCACAGAGCAGAGAGGAGAGCUGCCCAAGACCAUGACGGACAUGUACUCACACUUCCUGAUCAUCCUGACAAAGAGGAAGAAGAACAAGUACCAUGAGGGACAUGAGACGAGUCCACAGGAGCUGAUGGAGGCUGACAGGGAAGUUCUUCUGAAGCUGGGGAGGCUGGCGUUUGAACAUCUGGAGAAAGGAAGCAUCAUGUUCUACCAAGAAGACCUGGAGCAGUGUGGUCUGGAUGUCACAGAGGCCUCAGUGUUCUCAGGAGUUUGUACUGAGAUCUUCAGAAGAGAGUGUGUGAUCUUCCAGAAACCAGUUUACUGCUUCGUUCAUCUGAGUGUUCAGGAGUUUCUGGCUGCAGUCUACAUGAUGCACUGUUACAUCAACAAGAACACAGAGGUGCUGGAGAUCCUCCUGGGUAGAAAACGCAGUAACUUAUCUCCAGAGAAUUUCCUGAACAGUGUCAUGAAAACAUCAUUUAAAAGUAAAAAUGGCCACCUGGACCUGUUCACUUGCUUCCUUCAUGGCCUCUCUCUGCAGUCCAACCAGAGACUCUUAGCAGGCCUGUUGGGUCAGACAGAGAACAGUCCAGUAACCAUCCAGAGAGUCAUCAAAACCCUGAAGAAGAUGAGCACCGUUAACAUCUGUCCUGACAGAAGCAUUAACAUCUUCCACUGUCUGAUGGAGAUGAACGACUUCUCAGUUUAUCAGGAGAUUCAAAAGUAUCUGAAUUCAAAGAAAGCGUCAAGGAAGAGACUCACUCAGGUCCAGUGUUCAGCUCUGGCCUACAUGCUGCAGAGGUCAGAGGAGGUUCUGGAUGAGUUGGACCUGAUGAAGUACAACACUACAGAUGAAGGACGACGAAGACUGAUCCCAGCUGUGAGGAACUGCAGGAAGUUUCGACUUACUGGUUUCCAACUUCUUGAGGCUGACUAUGAAGUUAUCGCCUCAGCUCUGAAGUCCAACUCCUCCCAUCUGACAGAGGUAGACCUCAGUAACAUCAGUCUGGAAGAUUCAGGAGUUAAGAAGCUGUGUGAUGGACUGGAGAGUCCAAACUGUCGACUGGAGACUCUGAGAUUGAAGAAAUGCAGUUUGUCAGAGAUCAGCUGUGCUUCACUGACCUCAGCUCUGAAGUCCAACCCAUCCCAUCUGAUAGAACUGAACCUGAGCGACGACAACAUGACGUCUGCUGUAAAAGAUCUUUGUGGAUUUCUGGAGAGUCCACACUGCAGACUGGAGACUCUGAGGUUAAAGAGCUGCUUCAUGUCAGAGAUCAGCUGUGCUUCACUGACCUCAUCCCUGAAGUCCAACCCAUCCCAUAUGACACAACUGGACCUGAGCGACAACAACAACAUGACGUCUGCUGUUAAAGAUCUUUGUGGAUUUCUGGAGAGUCCACACUGCAGACUGGAGACUCUGAGGUUGCAGUACUGCAGGUUGUCAGAGAUCAGUUUGGCUUUCCUGGUGUCAGCUCUGAGGUCCAACCCAUCCCAUCUGACAGAACUGGACCUGAGAUACAACAACCUGGAGGAAUCAGAUGUGAAGGAGCUGCUUGAUCUGGUGGAGAAUCCAAACAAUAGACUGGAAACUUUGAGGUUUGAUCGCCUCAAUUUGUCAGAGAUCAGCUGUGAGUCUCUGGCCUCAGCUCUGAAAACAGACCCCACUGAUCUGACAAAACUGGACCUCAGUAACGAGACACUGAAGGAUUCUGAUGUGAAGCAGCUCUGUGUUUUUCUGGCGAGUCCAAACUGCAGACUGGAGACUCUGAGAUUGCAGUACUGCAGGUUGUCAGAGAUCAGUUUGGCUUUCCUGGUGUCAGCUCUGAAGUCAAACCCAUCCCAUCUGACAGAACUGGACCUGACAUACAACAACCUGCAGGAAUCAGAUGUGAAAGAGCUGCUUGAUCUGGUGGAGAUUCCAAACAAUAGACUGGAAACUUUGAGAUGUGAGUGCCUCAGUUUCAAACAUAUCAUCUGUGAGUCUCUGGCCUCAGCUCUGAAUAAAGACCCCACAGAUCUGACAAAACUGGACCUGAGUAACGAGACACUGAAGGAUUCUGAUGCAAAGCAGCUCUGUAUUUUUCUGGAGAGUCCAUACUGCAGACUGGAGACUCUGAGAUUGAAGAACUGCAGUUUGUCAGAGAUCAGCUGUGCUCCACUGAUCUCAGCUCUGAAGUCAAACCCAUCCCAUCUGAUAGAACUGGACCUGAGCGACAACAACAACAUGACGUCUGCUGUAAAAGAUCUUUGUGGAUUUCUGGAGAGUCCACACUGCAGACUGAAGACUCUGAGACUGGAGAACUGCAGUUUGUCAGACUGUGCUUCACUGACCUCAGCUCUGAAGUCAAACCCAUCCCAUCUGAUAGAACUGGACCUGAGCGACAACAACAACAUGACGUCUGCUGUUAAAGAUCUUUGUGGAUUUCUGGAGAGUCCACACUGCAGACUGGAGACUCUGAGUUUAAAGAGCUGCUUCAUGUCAGAGAUCAGCUGUGCUUCACUGACCUCAUCCCUGAAGUCCAACCCAUCCCAUAUGACACAACUGGACCUGAGCGACAACAACAUGACGUCUGCUGUUAAAGAUCUUUGUGGAUUUCUGGAGAGUCCACACUGCAGACUGGAGACUCUGAGGUUAAAGAGCUGCUUCAUGUCAGAGAUCAGCUGUGCUUCACUGACCUCAUCCCUGAAGUCCAACCCAUCCCAUAUGACACAACUGGACCUGAGCGACAACAACAUGACGUCUGCUGUUAAAGAUCUUUGUGGAUUUCUGGAGAGUCCACACUGCAGACUGGAGACUCUGAGAUUAGAGUACUGUAGGAUGUCAGAGAUCAGCUGUGCUUCUCUGACCUUAGCUCUGAGGUCCAACCCAUCCCAUCUGACACAUCUGAACCUGAGCUGCAAUAACAUGAAGAUGGCUGUGGAAGAUCUGUGUGGAUUUCUGGAGAGUCCACACUGCAGACUGGAGACUCUGAGAUUGAAGAACUGCAGUUUGUCAGAGAUCAGCUGUGCUUUCACUGACCUCAGCUCUGAAGUCCAUAACCCAUCCCAUCUGAUAGAACUGGACCUGAGUGACAACAAGAACAUGACGUCUGCUGUUAAAGAUCUUUGUGGAUUUCUGGAGAGUCCACACUGCAGACUGGAGACUCUGAGAUUGCAGUACUGCAGGUUGUCAGAGAUCAGUUUGGCUUUCCUGGUUUCAGCUCUGAGGUCCAACCCAUCCCAUCUGACAGAACUGGACCUGAGAUACAACAACCUGCAGGAAUCAGAUGUGAAGGAGCUGCUUGAUCUGGUGGAGAAUCCAAACAAUAGACUGGAAACUUUGAGAUUUGAUCGCCUCAAUUUGUCAGAGAUCAGCUGUGAGUCUCUGGCCUCAGCUCUGAAGACAGACCCCACAGAUCUGACAGAACUGGAACUUAGUAACAACAAACUGAAGGAUUCUGAUGUGAAGCAGCUCUGUGUUUUUCUGGAGAGUCCAAACUGCAGACUGGAGACUCUGAGAUUGAAGAACUGCAGUUUGUCAGAGAUCAGUUGGGGUUCACUGACCUCAGCUCUGAAGUCCAACCCAUCCCAUCUGAUAGAACUGGACCUGAGUUUCAACAACAUGAUGUCUGCUGUUAAACAUCUUUGUGGAUUUCUGGAGAGUCCACACUGCAGACUGGAGACUCUGAGAUUGCAGAACUGCAGGUUGUCAGAGUUCAGCUGGGCUUCACUGACCUCAGCUCUGAAGUCCAACCCAUCCCAUCUGAUAGAACUGGACCUGAGCAACAACAACAUGACGUCUGCUGUUAAAGAUCUUUGUGGAUUUCUGGAGAGUCCACACUGCAGACUGGAGACUCUGAGACUGAAGUUCUGCAGACUGUCAAACAUCAGCUGUGAUUCCCUGGCUUCAGCGCUGAGGUCCUACCCCUCCCAUCUGACUGAACUGGACCUGAGAGACAAUUUCCUGCAGGAAUCAGAUGUGAAGGAGCUGCUUGAUCUGGUGAAGAACCCACAGAACAAACUUGAGACUCUGAGGACAGUAGAUGGUUGGAGGUUGUGAAGGACCGAGCUGGUAAAGGACAAGGACACAGUUGGUUUAAAAAAAAGAAUAGGUUUUAUUUACCCAAAAGAAUACUCUUAAAAACUUUGGGCCCUUAAAAGAGGUCAAAUGAACAAAACUAAACAAAGGUAUAACAAUAACUCAGAAACUUUAAACUAACUGUUUAACAUGUAACUAAAAAAAAAACAAACUAACACAAGAACCAAACUGACCUAACAAACAUGAAACAAAGGGGCACUUAAAUACUGACUGAUCAGACCA